CUCUCUAUCAACCAACCACCCAUAUCAUCGACUUUCUUGCUCUCAUCUAUCAAUCACACGUGAUGGCGACAGAUGAACCAGUUUCCCGUUUGGAGUCACUCCCUGCGGAACUCUUCAACCGUGUUCUAGGCUAUGUUCUUUAUCCUGACCGUUCCGCAAUCCCAGAUUCAUCAACACAGUUCCGCACCUAUCGCUUUGACACAGCAAUUCUGCGCGUCAACAAGGCCAUACACCAGCUUGGAAAGAGCUAUCUGCACAAUUCUCUCUCGUGGAUUCGUUUCGACAUCAACUGGAGCGCAUUCCUCAUCGAUCCGCAUUGGCUGGGUGUAUCGUACAUCACCAUCAAUCGCCGCGACAUACCGCAAUCAUUGCCGUAUUCAUACAACGGUAACUCCAAGCGUCGAUGGAUAGAUCAGGAUGCCCCGGCAGGACGUCUACAUGUACGCGUCGCAUUCCCGCCAGCAACCACCCCGGGGCAGAAGGAAAUUGAAGAACGAACCAGCAACUCUCACUUCACAUCGUCCAUGUCGUUACUUGUGCUAUCGACGGAGUUCAAGCGCUUCCUUAACGCACUGCGAAUGAACGACCUUGCUUUUUGUAAUCGCACGUCUUUUGGAGAGACCGCUGCUGAAGGAAUGCCUGCUGAUCCUGGGAUAUCAUUCGAUAUUCGUGUUACAGUUGGCCAGGAGCUUGCCAAGUUCAAACAUCUAAUUCACGAGUUUCGAGUCUUUCACGGACCACCUCAUCAAUGCAAUAUAUUAACUGCAUCGAUCGUCACAAAUAUGGAUUCCGUACUGAGAUUGCGUAACAGCGAGGUAGCACGCUUACAGACGUUUUGGGAGGGCGUUUCACACUUGUUCUAUCUGAAGUGGAAGGGCGAUGAGUAUCUGCGUACGAAACAGUAUUCCAAUGCUUACAUGUGCUAUGAUGCGGCGUUGUCCUUGGAGAAAUACUGGCUAGCACACGAUUCGAAUUCAUCGAAAGAGAGGUUCUGGAAGCCUACUGAAGAUAUAGCCAAAGUGUUUGGGUUAUCUGUUGCUUGCAAUAUUGCCAUAGCUGAGGUCGCUGGAGGGCUACGUAUGGGCAAGAAGCGUAUCCGCGGCAAUAGCAUGUUACAACACCUGCGUACACUGUUACACACAACAAGAUCGAUGGCACUCAACACAAUGCUGGCAGUCAUAUCCACCGCGGCUCUGUUUGAGGUGUUCACCGAAGGACAUGAUCUCAUGGCAACACGACAGAUGCUGGAAAUGUUUACUACGGCAUGGGAGCUGCAUCAUGGGACAAACUGUGCGCAUCGCGCUUCAACUGGCUUGGGCAAGAUAUACAGCUCCGCCAAGUUAGUCUUGGAUGCUCUGAACGAUUGUCCGAACCAUCCGAACGAUAUCGGAAAGCGUGUUGAACCUUUGCGUCCUGUUGCAAAAGGCGUAAACUUCGAACCGAUGAAAUGGGCAGUCCACGAAUCACUAAUCCCUGAGCGUCUCAAACUCCGUACCAAGCCUUUUCUAACGACGGUCCAGAUCAGGAAGAAUGGACAUUACAUCAUACCAUCAGAUAUUUUGGUGGUGAUCCCGGGAUUCAAUCAGCCCAGUGAAGAGGCGACCCGAAAUGGUGAGGAGGGGAAGAGGUUCUUGAUCUGAAGCAUCUGAACGCGUCGAAUUAAGGACCAAAUUGUAGUGAUUUUUCUUUGAAGCAACAGAGCCUGGAAAUAUGAGAGUACGUACGGCUUCGAUACGGCUCAUUGGUAGGAUGGACGUGUAUUAAUAAGAGUUGAGACAAGAGAAAAUAGGUGCAACUCAUGUGGUUUUCAGAUUAACGAACUUCCGGUUCGCAGGAUAACAUGACAGCAUAUGGAGGCUUCUAGGAUACCGACGACAUAUGACGUUGGGUACGUUUUGUUGUGAUAUGCAUGAUGAUUUACAAAUAUGAUGCCU